AUGGUGAAAUGGUGUGUUUCUAUUGAAAAGACUUCUCCUCCAUCUGUUGACGAUAUUGAAUCUGAUCAGAUAGAAGAAGAAGCUGUUGAUUCAUCGGUAGAAAUAGUCAGCUCUGCAGUAAAUGAUUUAUCACUUAGUGAAUCGGAUCCAUUACUGUAUGGUACACCUAAUAAGAGAGGUCAAAUAUCUCUUAAUCACCUUUUGAACUUUACCUUUCCACCAAGACAAUCUUUUAACCAUACACCUCGAAGACAGAGAGUAACCAAUUAUCAACCUUACAAUAAAGAACGUUUUGUAAAUGCCAACUUCCGAUUUAUUAUUAAACCAACUGGAGAUUAUACUGUUUAUCUAGUUGAUCCUGUACAAGUGAUUAUUACUACUCAUAGUACACCCAGUUGUCCAAUAUGUUUACAACAACCAACUGCUCCUCGCGUAACUAAAUGUGAUCUUAAAAGUGUAAGGUUUUGGACUGUUAGGACUAUUAGUAAAGUAGGUUAUGCUGGAUUAAUCGAAGGGGAAGAAACAAUCAAUAUGCGAUUAAUCCAAAGACAGAUGAAUUCUACUAUUGCACUCCCACGAUCAAGAAAUUGGCUAUUUAAAAAUUAUGAUUCAUCAAAUCAUAAUACUAUUAUCAAUACCAAUAUUUCUGCACCAUGGCAUUUCACUCCAAAUGCGCUGGUAUUUUCUAAGUUGAUGCUUGCUUCUUUUGAUUAUAUGCAAGAAGAGUUUAAUCGAGAUUUAAAAGAACUCGAUGUAACAUUAAACGAGGCCAAAAUUUUAAGUUAUCAUGAUGAAAUUCCAUUUCUUGAGAUUGCUAUUGUUAAUACUCAGGAUCAAUUAGCAUUGCUUCAAGAAUCAUAUUCGACGGUUCAUCUUUUGGAGGUAGAGCAACAAGCCAUUGAAAUGUUUAAUAAAUCAAAGCUUUUAGAUCUCAUUACCACCGCCACUACGGUUCCUGAAACUGACCAAAAAUCCUCACCAAUAGUAAAUUCUCAGGAUUUUCAAAAUAGUGAAAAUGAAGUUAAUAUAUCAACUUCAUCACCCUCAUCCUCAUCCUGGUUGCCUAAUACAUUUAAAGAUACACCACAAACACAACCACCACCUUCAACGCCUACUUCAACAAAAUUAGAUUAUAAGCUGAAGUCAAAAUCCACUACUAAUUCUCAACAACCUAUAAUUUCUAGUGAUGGUGCGUACUAUUUUUAUCAGUCGGAAGAUGGUCAAAAUGUUUAUUUACAUCCAUUGGAUAUUCGUAUUUUGAAAUAUGAAUUUGGAACAUAUGAACAAUUUCCAAACGAGAUUUCAUUUCGCGUUAUAAGUGUUGAUGAAUCAACAAUGACUGAAGUUGAUUUGAAAGGUGUUGUCUCUGAUUCAACGUUGAAAAUUUUUUCAAAUGAACUUCAACAACGUCUUAAUCGUCGCAAAGAAAAGGCUAGAAAAGAAAAAAGGUUACAAGAUCAAGCAGCCAACAAAGAAUCUAAACAAGAAAUUAUAGAUUCAGAUCCAUUUUUUCAACAACCUUCAUAUUCUUAUGUUUGGGGAACUCCUGCAAUUACAUUUGCUGGAAUAGCUGGUGGAAGACAUUCAUCGGCUGAAGAAGAAAAUCAUGAAGUUGAAGAAAAUAAUUGGGAUUUUCAUGAAGAAGAAGUAUUUUUUGGCAAAAAAAAUAAAAAGAAAAAACUUAUAUUGAUGUCUACUAGUGGUAGAAGGCAGCAAGAAGAUAUAUCAUCAUCAUCUAAUUCAUCUUCUUCUAUCGCACUUACCACCUUUUCCUCAAAUCUUCUCAUAGAUAUAUUAUCACCGCACAAUCCGACACUUGACCAAUCAAUUGAUUCAAUAAUUAACGUUGAUGAUGAUUCAUCACCAGAACACAUGAUGACAAUUCCUGUUCGACCACCAAGUGCAUUAUUACUAAUACGGCAAAAAGAUUAUGAUAAUGAUCCUACUUCACAACAAUCGACAUCGAUUGAUUCGUUGUUCGAGCCGUCUCCUCAGGACUUAAUACUAGAUCCAACAUCAUACAGACCGCAAAUGAUUCGUACAGGAUCAGCAGGAAUAACAUAUCCAUCAUCCACCAGAGAUUUAACAAACUCUAAUAAUAUAUUUUCGAAAAAUUCUAAUAAUAAUCCUUUUUCUAAUAUGCCUCCUUCCGCUAAACUAACGCCCCAAAAAAAUCCUGCAUCAACAUCUGCAGAUCAACAAUAUAUAUUCAAUGAAUUUGAUAUUAGUCAUAUGCCACGUAUCAUUUCACCAACAACAAAAUCAAAAAAAAACAAUAAAGAUAAAGUAAAGCAGAAAAAGCUUUAUCAAUUAUGGCCUGGGAGAAAUAGAUUUUUUUUGGGCGGAAGGAUAAUGACAAGUCGACAUUCUUUUGCAUUUACGACAGCAGUUUUAACAUUAGUUAUACCAUCCGGACUUUUUUUAGGAUUCACUUGUCCUUUUCUUUUUCAUAACGUUUCACCGGCAGUGACUUUUAUGUUUAUCUAUUUAUUUUUAUUAACAUUAACAAGUAUGCUAAGAACAUCAUGGUCUGAUCCUGGUAUCAUUCCACGUAACCUUGAUCCUUUACCAUCAACAGAAGCUCCAGGUAAUACUAACAAUGCUGCUUAUAAUGCUAAUAAUUAUGUCUCGCUUCCUAAGGAAAUUAGAGUGAAUGGACAAGUGAUUAGAUCAAAGUAUUGUGAAACAUGCAAAAUUUACAGACCCCCAAGAUCUAGUCAUUGUCGACAAUGUGAUAACUGUGUUGCGUUUUUCUUGAUGUGGUCUGUUGGUGGAUUGACAUGUUAUCAUACUUAUUUAAUUAGUAAAAAUUUAACAACACAUGAACAGAUUCGUGCACCAGCAGCUAGGAGGAAUGGUGCAAAAAAUCCAUUUUCUUAUAAAAAUACGUUUGUAAAUUGUCUCUGGGUACUUUGCAGGCCUUUGACACGAAGUUCUGUGAAUAGAAGAGCAUACGUUGAUAUAGAGAAUUUGAAUUCAGGAGAUGGUGGAGAUGGCAGAAGUGAUGGCGGAUUAAGAAGAGAUGUGUAUUCAGAUGAACAACGACAAUUAUCACAAAAAAUACAAGAGACACAGGUCAAAAUCACACAGGAAACACAAGUUACAAUUACACACGAGACACAAAUAACAGAUGCAGAAAAUAAUAGUGAACCGAAUGAAACUUUCAUUAAAGGCACAGUACAAACUCACCAGCAAUUAUAA